AACGUAACAAAGUGGAAAAAGUCAAGGCGUCUGAAUACUUUAUAUUCAUACAUUUCAAAUCAACCUCAGUUUUGAAUAUCCAGGCUAGUUUGUGAGCGUGGUUAGGUAGCUAAUGGUGUUUUUAUUUUCAGGGUAAAGGCAGAGGUUAGAAGGCACAAGUGAAGGCCUCCUCUUCCAGAGUGUGACUCGUCGGUCCCCACGACGUCACCAAUGCGACCAUGGGAAAUAGCAGUGACUAGGCGGCCACCAACAGCCCCCUUGAACCAGAGGAGGUUCCCAGGAGAGCCCUGUGACACCCAAGUGCACCUCAGGAGAAGCCCGCCAGUGAGACGACAGUGGGGGAGCCGAGACCGACCGGUAGCACUGCAGAACGCCCUGCUCCAGGAUGAGAACUUCCACCGCCCUCUCUUCUCCCAGCAACGUCAGCAGGUUCCUUUAGAUGAGGCCAGACAGUACAGCCACUCCAGUGCACCGCCACGCAUGCUGCACCCUGCCGCACACCCCCCACCUCAGCAUCAACAGACCCCCAUCAUGGUGGAUCUACACGACCAGAUGCAUCAGGGAUCCGUUCCAAUCUCUUACACUGUUACCACGGUGACGACACACGGUUUCCCCAUCCACACCGGGCAACCUCUCCCAGGGUGCAACAGUCAGCAGCUCCCAGCAUGUUCGCUCAUCCAAGCCUGUACAAUGCAGCAUUUGCCGGUGUCUUACCAAGCCUUCCCACCGCUGAUCUCCAGGGAGCAUUUUAUACUGCACCCCAACCCCCCGGGGCCCCCCCACCAGCCUCCUCACCUUACUCCUCUCAGCCAGUUCCUCCAUCUCCAGAGGCAGCACACACGCAUGCCUCUCCAGAGGGUAGAGAAUGAGGUGGAUCUCAGGGGGGACCAGCACCCAUUAGGAACGUUCUCUUACCCUCCCUCGAACCACCACCACCCACCAGCGAUGUCUCCCUCUGUCCCCCUCCAGUACCUCCCUCAGGAGCCUCUGCACCAGGAGAUGCCCUUCUCAGUGCCAUACCCCCACAUGCUGCCGCGCGCGUGCCAUAUGGCCACAGGUACCCAAGUUACAGCAGCCCCCACCUCCGCCUCCACCUACUACCCAGGCUUCCUCAGCCGGAUUUCCCACCAAUCGCACUUCUUGUCCACCCAUGCCGGGCGGACGCUGCCAGAGGUGCACCGCGCGAGCGCCAGCUCCCAGCUCUGCUCGCGCUGCGGCCCUCCACCCACUCCUACCGUGGCGCCCAGCGGAGUCCACCACUACUCCUCCUGCUGUGUUGCGCCCACCCCCCACUACUCCUACUCCUGCCUGUGUCCUGCACCCCCCCCCGCCCCUACCCUGCCUGUGUCCUUCGCCCGCCACCACACCUACCUAAGCUUAGACUGCGGCCCCCACCACCACUCCUACCACCUACCUGCUUUGCGCCCUCCUCCCCCCACCAUUCCUGCUCCACCUCAACAACAAUAA